AUGCCAGCCAAAGUAGCUCUCAUCACAGGCUCGUCGGCCGGGCUUGGCGCUGCUAUUGUCAAAGCGCUUUCUCGCGACUAUCGGAUUGUUGUCAACUAUCAUUCCGACCUGUCCAAGGCUCAGAAGGUCGUUGAGGGAUGCACACGAGCACCGGAGGAAGAUGGGACUAGCAUAUUGCCACGAUCUCAUAUCGUGAAGGCAGAUAUCUCCGUCAGGUCCGACAUCAUCAAGUUGGUCGAGGAGGUCAUGACCGUCAUGGGCAGAUUGGAUGUCGUGGUCAGCAAUGUGGGAUGGACACGCAUUGUCAAGUUUUCUGACCUUGAGCAAAACAUGAACGACGAAGACUGGGACAGAUGUUUUUCCAUCAAUGUGAAGUCACACUUGUGGUUAUUUCACGCCACUCGACCUCACCUCCAAGCAAACUCAGAUGGAGGGAGCUUUCUUGUGGUGUCUAGCCUGGCUGGAGUCAUUCCAUCUGGCAGCUCCAUACCUUAUUCGGUCUCCAAAGCAGCUGCGAUACAUCUAUCGAAAUGCCUUGCAUCGGUCAGCGGACCCAAGGUUCGGUGUAACAGCUUGAGCCCAGGAUUGAUGAUGACCGAUUGGGGACAGCAGUUCCCGGAACAUGUGGUAGAGUCUGUGAGAGACAAAACCAUCCUGAAGAGAGUCGUUGAUCUUGACGACGUGGCCAACCUCGCCAAAACCAUCGUACUCAACGGGAGCUUGACAGGACAAAACUUUACCAUAGACUGUGGGAUUGCACUAUAG